AGAGAGGACCGGCUGGCUGCGGUUUCUGGCCGCCUCCGUGGGAGGGGCGAGGGAUUCCCCCCUCCCCUCCCCUCCCCUCCGCUCGUUCCCACGGCUGCAUCCAGCCUGCGCCAUCCGGAGCUGGUCGCGGUACUAGCACCCCCUCCAGCAGCGAUCGGUUGCCCCCCCUCCCCCAAAUUCUCCUUUGUGUCUGGCUCUUAGAAUUUCACCAGCCAGGCUGGCUCCUUCCAGUCCUUACAUCAGGCAGAGUCGAAGGACCAGACCGAGCUGCGGAAAACAAGGAUGACAGCCUGGGCUGGUAGCGGGGGUGACCCCUGAAAGCCAGCGGGCUCUCCCCUGCCUUCUGCUUUGCUGCAGCCCUCUGGUCUAAAGCAAGCAGCCUCUUGACCCGGGUCAUCAGCUCUCGCCUGUCGCCACCGCAGGCCUCUGAUCUCCAAACCCUGUCCUUCUAGCCUGUUGUUGUGGCUGAAGGGGUGAGGACUCUGCCACAGACUGGCCUUAGGUUGGAUCUGGCCCCAUUCCCUGCAGAAAGCUUUGCCCUCCGAGGCCACAGGAUCCUACGCAAAGGGUCAGUCUCCUGUCUCCAUUUCUGCAGUGGGGGUCCCUAGAGCUGAGCCGUGGAAGACCAGGUCAGACUGUGGGAAGUGUUGAGGAAAUCUCAGGGGAUGGAAGGGAGCUGGGCCGCCUGAAAACAAGACCAGGAAGGGAAAACAGGAGGGGAGUCUGCUGAGAAGUCUUGGAGGCCUUGAAGGAAAAGGUUGGAGCUCUUCAUUCCACCAGAAGGAGGUCUUCAGUCACCAGACUGAAGGCACACAAGGUGAAUAUUAAGAUCUUCAGUGCCCCUGACUGGAGGCGAAGCUCAGAGGCCUUCGCUCCGCCUGACCGAAAGCACACAGAAAAUUCACAGGCUUCCCCAAUAAUUUGGGAGACGUGCAUUCACUGAUAGCAGCCUAUCGCCAUCCUCAGUGGUGGCCUGAACAUCUCAGCUGGUCUGCUGUUGUUGCCAUUUGGGGCGAUUGAAAUAUUGCUCCUCAUCGACACGUAGUCAGAUGUGCCGCAAAAACCAAUAGUUUUCCGACAAGACUGGCUCGCCCUGAAGAAAAGGUCACAAGCUCUCAUCCUGCAAGGAGUGCGUCUCUUUCUCUGUGUUCCUCAAGCCCCAGGUGACCUGGCUGUGGUAGGAGAUGCAGCCUUCAGAACUGAGGAUCACACUCUGAGCCCCGCAGGCGCUCCCAAACCAAUGAGGGGGAGGGCACCCGGCUGGUGACCCCCGCCUGCCUCCCAUGCCAGGCCAGCAGGGUCGGGCACCAUGGCGCAACCUGGCACAGGGACCCUGGUCUUGGCGAAUGGUUGGGGCUUCCCUCCCAAUAAUGUGGCCCGUGUCGUGGUUUGGGAGUGGCUGAAUGAGCAUGGGCGCUGGCGGCCCUACACGGCGGCCGUGUGCCACCACAUCGAGAACGUCCUGAAGGAAGAUGCCCGGGGGAGCGUCGUCUUGGGGCAGGUGGAUGCCCAGCUGUCUCCGUACAUUAUCGACCUGCAGUCGAUGCACCAGUUCCGUCAGGACACAGGGACAAUGCGCCCAGUGCGAAGGAACUUUUAUGACCCUUCCUCUGCCCCCGGCAAGGGGGUUGUGUGGGAAUGGGAAAACGACAACAACUCCUGGACUCCGUACGACAUGGACAUCUGCAUCACCAUCCAGAAUGCGUACGAGAAGCAGCAUCCGUGGCUGGACCUGUCCUCACUGGGGUUUUGCUACCUGAUCUACUUCAACAGCAUGUCUCAGGUGAACCGCCAGACGCAGAGGAAACGCCGUCUAAGGAGGCGCAUGGACUUGGCCUAUCCUCUCACCAUCGGCUCCAUCCCCAAGUCCCAAUCUUGGCCCGUGGGGACCAAUUCUGGGCACCCUUGUUCGUGCCAGCAGUGCCUGUUGGUCAACAGCACCCGGGCAGCCUCCAACGCCAUCCUGGCCUCCCAGCGCAGGAAGGUGUAUUCCGGGAACGGGAACGGAUCGCUGGCCGUCCGGCAGAGCAAUACGUUCAACGGAACGGCAAUGUGGUCGCUGGGCACGGUGCAAGCCAGUGGAACGGGCAAGAUCGAGCAGGUCCGUUCCGGCAACGGGAUGCAAGUGGCCACUUUUUCCCGGAGCCAGAGCGCGCCCAGCCACACCCAGCUCCCCGGCCAAAACAACCUGAACCGGCCCGGUACGCAGCGAGUGGCCAUCUUGAGUACUCGGGCUUCCAUCCCACCAGGGGUUCCUGCCCUUCCAGUCAAGAACCUGAAUGGCACUGGCCCAGUGCACCCUGCCCUGGCAGGGAUGACAGGCAUCUUAAUGUGUGCGGCGGGCCUGCCUGUCUGCCUCACUCGAGCGCCAAAGCCCAUCCUGCACCCACCACCUGUCAAUAAGAGUGACAUGAAGCCGGUGCCCGGAAUCACCGGGAUCUGCCGGAAGACCAAGAAGAAACAUCUGAAAAAAAGCAAGAACCCUGAAGAUGUAGUGAGACGUUACAUCCAGAAGGUGAAGAACCCCCCAGAUGAGGACUGUACCAUCUGCAUGGAGCGGCUGGUCUCCUCAUCAGGCUACGAGGGGAUCCUCAGGCACAAGGGGGCCAAACCAGAGCUGGUGGGAAAGCUGGGCAAAUGCGGGCACCUCUACCACCUCCUCUGCCUGAUUGCCAUGUACAACAAUGGCAAUAAGGAUGGCAGUCUGCAAUGCCCCACUUGCAAGGCCAUCUAUGGGGAGAAGACCGGGACUCAGCCCCCUGGGAAGAUGGAGUUCCACAUUAUUCCACACUCGCUCCCUGGCUACUUAGACUGCAAAACCAUCCGCAUCGUGUAUGACAUUCCUGCAGGGAUCCAGGGUCCAGAGCAUCCAAAUCCUGGGAAGAAGUUUACUGCGAGAGGCUUCCCUCGCCACUGCUACCUUCCUGACAACGAGAAAGGCAGAAAGGUCUUGAAACUCCUGAUUGUGGCCUGGGAACGCCGGCUGAUCUUCACCAUUGGGACAUCCAACACGACAGGCGAAUCCGACACGGUGGUGUGGAACGAGAUCCACCACAAGACCGAAUUUGGGUCCAACCUCACCGGCCACGGCUACCCCGACCCAAACUACCUGGACAACGUCCUGGCGGAACUGAUGGCCCAGGGGGUCUUGGAAGCCAACCUGAAGGACUGAAGAGGCAUCGCAGCUGCUCUUUCCCAACCACACUUUUGCCAUGGGCGUUGCGUGGAAGCACGAACACUGCCUGAGUCCGUCCGUCCGUCUGUGUGUGUGCGUGUGUGCGUGUCUCUGUUGAUCAGCUCUCAACCAGCAUAUCGGGAUAAGCCUGGUUUUCAAGACCUCUCAUGUUGCCAGUCUUCACCUCUCCAACCUGGGUCUUCAGCUUGGGUCUUCAGCCAGGUCUUCACUUCUUCUCAUGUUCUUGGUCUUCACUUCUCCAGUCAGAUCUUCAGCCAGGCCUUCACAUGCCAUGUUGCUUCUGCUGCCUUGACUAUGGACCAUCUCCACACAGCGGUGCCAGACAUGGCCAAAGGAAACCACAGGGCAGUCCUCUCCCUCCAGGACCAAGGACUGUCUAGAUCGUUCCCAAGUUUCCCCACUGGAGGAAGACCACCCAAAACUGCGCAAGUGAGCAACUGAAGCAAUCUGCUCUCCUUUUUUCUUUUAUAUAUGAUAUAUACAUACAUAACACAAACCCCUAUAUAUUCUUGGCAGUCUGCAAUAUUCCUCUUGUCCUGAAUGUGUUUGCACAUUACACUAUCCUAUAUUACAUAUCUGCCGCUCUGUAACAGGAUAUCAUAUGUAAUAGAGGAGAUAUAUGAAGCCAA